GUCGAAGAGUCGAAUACGAUGGAGAUAGCUGAAGAGGCGGUGGAGAUGGCGGCGGCAGAGGAGGAGGAGGAAGUGUAUGCUUGGAGUUGGGGCGCGGGGACCGACGGGCAGCUUGGGACCGGCACCAUCGAAGACCAGCACCUCCCCCAGCCCCUCCCGCACCUUCCCACCGCCGUAUCUAGGGUCGCCUGCGGUGGCGCCCACGCCGUCGCCCUCACUGGUGAUGGUAAAGUUUUGACGUGGGGAAGAGGUACACAUGGUCAACUUGGUCAUGGGAAGUUCGAAAGCUGUUCCCGACCGAAGCCUGUAAAAUUCCUUGAGAGCUUAACUAUGUCCUACGUUUCUGCUGGAUGGAAUCACUCUGGUUUUGUUACAGAUACAGGAUGUCUCUUUAUGUGUGGAGAUGGCUCAUUUGGACAGCUUGGCAAUGGGGACAAUCAGUCACAUGGCUCUCCCUUUAAAGUCCUAUUUUUUGUUUCACAACAUGUUAAGCAAGCAGCAUGUGGAAUGCGUCAUUCUCUCGCGUUGGUAACAGGAUCUUCAGGUGAUAUGAUUUAUGGUUUUGGCUCUGGGAGACAUGGACAAAUUGGUAAGCAUCUAUCUGGAGGCCAAAGAUUACUUAAUCUUCCUGCGGCUGUUCAAGGAUUUGAUGACCGUAAAAUAGUCAGCAUCCAUGCCAAUGGCGAUCAUAGUGCUGCAUUAUCAGCUAGUGGACAGUUAUACUUAUGGGGUAGACGAUUCAGUGGAAAUGUUGAUAAUCAUAUCCCCCAAAUUGCACCGCUGUCUCUACGGAUUUCACAAGUUGCUCUUGGAUGGAAUCAUGCCUUAGUAAUGGCUGAUGGAUUCGUUUAUAUGCUUGGUGGGAGCCGCCAUGGUCUACUCGCAGAGACUCAAAAAGUGAACUUGGUGGAGCAUGGAUUACCUACGCUUGCUUCAUGUACCACCUCAAAUGGUUCUCCUCUCACUCUGGAGAGAGUUCCCUGCCUUGAUGAGAAGGUGGUGAGCAUUGCAGCAGGUGCUGAACAUUCUGCUCUUGUAACAGAGAAAGGAUCGGUAAUGACAUGGGGCUGGGGGGAGCAUGGCCAGCUUGGCCUGGGGGACACAUCUGAUCAAACACGCCCACAGGAGGUAAAGUUGGACUGCAAUGGAUCAUUUCUUUGGACUCAAUUUGCGGUAUAUUGUGGCAGUGGAUUUACAAUUGUCGCAAAAGCAACAGAGUAACAUUGUUUAUGCAAGUCCAGUUGGAGAGUAAUAUCGUUUAUGUAAGUCCUGUUGGAGAUGAUGUAAAUUGAGCAGCAAAUUAUGCUAGGGAUUAAAAUUUUGAUUCAUUUUGAAGAGGGGACUGAUUCAGAUAUUUGUAUUCUACUUAUGAUGUAUCAUCAAGUAAUUAAUAUAUGUAUUCUUUUUGGGGAAAAUAAA